CUGCUGCAAAUAUCAGCAGAAGAAGAAGAAGUUGUGUUUAUUUCUCGCUGCUAGCUUGACUUCCUGCUGCAGCUGAAGAGGAAUUUGGGGUUUUUUGGGAGAAUUUGUGGACUCGGUUUCAAACUGACGCGUGAUUUCCUGUUUUCACGGAUCGACUCGGGAGUAAAUACGGCUGGAUGGCUGCCUGCUGGUGGUUGUUGAUCCUCUUCACUUCCUCCUCGGCUCACAAUGACUUCUUCACCUCCAUCGGUCACAUGACUGACCUGCUGUUCACAGAGAAGGACCUGGUCUCCUCCCUGAAGGACUACAUCCGAGCAGAGGAGCGCAAACUGGAGCAGAUCAAAAAGUGGGCUGAUAAACUGGACGUCCUCUCGGCGGCUGCCACUCAGGACCCGGAGGGUUUCCUGGGACACCCGGUGAACGCCUUCAAACUGAUGAAGAGACUCAACACAGAGUGGGGGGAGCUGGAGAGCCUGGUGCUCACCGACAUGUCUGAUGUGUUCAUCUCCAACCUCACCGUCCAGAGGCAGCACUUCCCCAACGACGACGACCAGACCGGAGCCGCCAAAGCGCUGAUGAGGCUGCAGGACACGUACCAGCUGGACACCGGCGUCAUGUCCAGCGGACAGCUGCCGGGCACUUCCUCGGCCGCCUCCCUCCACAGCGCCAUGACGGUGGACGACUGCUACGACCUCGGGAAGGUGGCGUACUCGGAGGCCGACUACUACCACACGGAGCUGUGGAUGACUCAGGCCCUGAAGCAGCUGGACCAGGGGGAGACGUCCGGCAGCGUGGACGCCGUCACCGUCCUGGACUAUCUGAGCUACUCCGUCUACCAGCAGGGGGAGCUGGAGAGAGCGCUGGACUUCACCAGGAGGCUGCUGGAGCUCGACCCGGCCCACCAGCGAGCCAACGGGAACCUGAAGUACUUCGAGUACCAGCUGGAGAAACAGAAGAAGGCGGAGGAGACGGAGGAGGAGGAGGAGGCCGGCGGGAGGAAGAAGAGGGAAACCCGAGAUCAACCUGACGAUUACCUGCCGGAGAGGAAGAAAUACGAGCGUCUGUGUCGAGGCGAAGGCAUCAGGAUGACUCCUCGCAGGCAGAGCCGCCUCUUCUGCCGUUACUACGACAACAACCGCCACCCGAGGUACGUGAUCGGUCCGGUGAGGCAGGAGGACGAGUGGGACCGCCCCCGCAUCGUCCGCUAUCACGACAUCGUGACGGACAGAGAGAUGGAGAAGGUCAAAGAGCUCGCCAAACCCAGGCUGCGUCGAGCCACCAUCUCCAACCCCGUAACCGGUGUACUGGAGACGGCCCACUACCGCAUCAGCAAGAGCGCCUGGCUCGGAGCGUAUGAACAUCCAGUGGUGGAUCAGAUCAACCAGAGGAUCGAGGACAUCACCGGCCUGGACGUCGCCACCGCCGAAGACCUGCAGGUGGCUAACUAUGGCGUCGGAGGACAGUACGAACCACACUUUGAUUUCGGACGGAAAGACGAACCGGACGCGUUUGAAGAGUUGGGGACAGGAAACAGAAUCGCCACCUGGCUGCUUUACAUGAGCGACGUGCAGGCAGGCGGCGCCACAGUCUUCACUGAUAUAGGAGCGUCUGUCUGGCCCAAAAAGGGGACGGCGGUGUUCUGGUACAACCUGUUCCCCAGCGGAGACGGAGACUACCGGACCCGACACGCCGCCUGUCCCGUUCUAGUCGGCAACAAGUGGGUAUCUAAUAAGUGGCUCCAUGAACGAGGGCAGGAGUUCAGGAGACGCUGCGGCCUCCAGGAGUCUGACUGACCUCCUCUUCCUCCUCCUUCAUCCCAGACGUCUUCCUCCCUUUCUUCUCCAGCCGUCAGCCUCCCCGCAGGCUGCUGAGUCAGCACGUGUGUGUGUGUGUGUGUGUGUGUGUGUGUGUGAGUCUUUAGAUCUGUAGCACAACUCUGACGCAGAUACUUUCAAAUAUUUACAUAUUAAUGUCACAACAUAAUUAUUUAAACGCACACGUAUCCGUCGAUGUAUCAGCUGAUCUGACGUGUUGAAGUCUGUCGGUGGUUUCAAACACUCCGUUCUGUCACACUCUCAGUAUAUUUUGGGAUUGUUACCAUGACGACUGCUGCAGCGUCAACAUAAAGCCGCCUCUUAACGUUUCUUGUAGCAGCUGCUCUUUACACUGUAUCAGUCAACGCUUCGGUCCACACUGAAAUAUUUCAACAACUAUGUGAUCGGUUGCUGUGAAACUUUGUGCAGACGUUGAUGAAGAUGAAUCCUACUGACUUCCUCCUCUGUCGCCACCAGCAGGUCAAAACCUUCAUUACUGUUACCAUAAAUCUCAGCUUCUGUUUGACGGAUCGGAACAAAGUUUGGUUCAGACGUUCAUGAGUCUGAGCAGCAUCAGCUGCUCGGAUGUUUUUACACUGAAUUCUUUGAUAAAAUGUGAUUUUUUUAUUUAUGGAUUACAAAACAAAAUCCAGGAGGGAAAACAUGUAAAAGUGCAAAACACUUAUUUCCAACAUGGUCCCGUGAUGUGAAAAAACAAAGAAACAUAAAAAAAACUAAAGAAUAAAAUCCUAAAAGACGCUGAACGCAGGAGCUGAAUGUAUGAAGUGAAAGUAUAAAUGUUGUUUGUUUUACUCUGAACUGUUUGUUUGCUGUGAACAGAUGUGAAUGAAGCUGCACUUUGUCCCUUUUAAAUAAACAAAUAAACAAACGAAGCCAUUUGUAUGUAGAGCUGCAGAAAUCAGACGAUGACUCAUAAAGAAGUGAAUUCUUUGA